AUGGCCAUCCCAGGGGAGCGCUUCGUGCUCGACCUGUCCGAUGACGAGGACCAGCAGUCUCGCGUCGACCCGCCCCGCGCCUCGCCCCUCAUCAACCUGAUCGGGGAGAUCAAGGAACGCGCUCCCAAGGCGCCUGUUGCGCCUACCCAGAAGUCGUCCACUGGAUUCCCUGCCGCCAAAGAUCGUCGUCGUGGCUCGGCCUUUAAGCAGCGACGUGCUGCUGCCCAGAACGUGUCUGCCAAACCUUCUGUGCAGGCGCCAACACGAGAAACAGGCUCGGUCGAGGAGGAGGAGAAAAGGGCGAUCGAUGAAGAGAAUAGGCAAAGACUAGCUACUAUGUCGGAGGAGGAGAUCGAGAGGGAAAGAGCUGAACUGAUGUCUAAUCUCUCGCCCUCCUUAGUCGAGCGGUUGAUGCGUCGGACAAAAAUCGCGGACAAGCCGUCAAGUUCGGCACAACAGGACUCGGCGGCUUUACGCAGUGCAGAGUCGAAUAGGCCUAAAACCACGACCAAAUCAGUGUCCUUUGACCUUCCUGAGCCCGAAACCGCAGAGCCCGCCUCAAAUAACAGUCACGCGCUGACUACAGGCGCACAAAAGGAAGCUACGACAUCAACACAGGCUUCUGAGAUUGAUGAUAGAAUCCCAACCCUUCACCCUUCCGAUCUACGACCGGCAUCAGAGUUUCCAACUGGCCCGAUCCAUUUCCCUACUCCACCGCCACGACAAGAUCCUAUGCCUAACCUUGAUCCCACAUCACCUUCGUUCUACGCCGAUCUACAAGCCCACUACUUCCCUGAAACCCCCCACGAUCCAUCCGCAUUGUCGUGGUUGAAACCCUCCGAAAACGAUUCAGACGACCUCGCAACGUCAUCCCCCUACCAUCCAUCCAGCUCCGCAGUUACCGUCGUUCCAUCUGCUUUACGCUUUUCUCUACGUGGCGAAAUUCUACCGCCUUCUACGUCCUUAUCGCUCUCAACUUCGCUCGGGCUCCACCAUCAUGCCGACGACCCAGAGGCCGCUGGCUACACCAUCUCCGAGCUUUCUAUACUCAGCCGCUCGACAGUCCCCACACAGAGAUGUAUAGCGUGGCAAGUUCUCGGCCGUAUCUUAUACAGGUUAGGCAAGGACGAAUUGGGCGAGCCGGGAAGUGAUCUAGUGGAGGGGCUGUGGACUGUCAUCGAACGAGAAGCCGUUGUCACUAGGAUGUUAGACGAAGCGGAAGGGGGGCAAGAUCGAGAGGAAAAAGGUCCGAGGGCAACUGGAUGGACAGGCUCAAACAUUGGAAAACAUGCAAGCGCCAAGGCGUGGGCUGUAGAAGGCAUCUGGCUGUGGCAGAUGGGUGGGGGAAAUCGGGGAAUUCCACAAGAAGAAAGUGCCGGAACCCAUUAA